AUGGCGAUACCACGAAAGCCGGUCCCAGACAUUACAGAUGCCUCAAUGUCACCGCGGGCUUCAAUCAGCGUAGGCCAUGGGGCUCUAUACCAACCCCAGACUUCAUGUUUGGCUUCGAACACCGACGCCGUCAACGAGCCUACCUCCGAGACAAACAGCCUCACCUCGGACAGGACCAAGAGCCGAAAUUCAAAGGGCAGCUCCAGCGGGUGCGGCUGGAUACUAGAGAUUUGCGCUCUGGUUCUAAGCAUUACAGCUUUGGUCACAGUCGCUGCCCUUCUACUGGCGUACGACGGAAAGCCGUUGUCGACAUGGUCCUUCUUCCUCACCUUCAACACAAUCAUCUCCAUCCUGGGCACGAUAUCUCGGGCUACUCUCGCAUUUGCCAUUGGCGCUUGUUUAAGCCAGGAAAAAUGGAACUGGUUUAAGCGUAAGGGUGAUUACGUGAUAAGUUACGACCGGUUUGAGGAAGCGGGACGUGGCCCUCUGGGAAGCGCCCGUCUUCUGUGGCGUAUCAAGCACAAGCAUUGGGUAUGUUUCGGUGCUCUGGCAACGAUUGUCUUGCUCGGGUUCGAACCUUUCCUCCAGGCAGUCAUCGAUCUCUACGAGAAAGAAGUCCCAUUGUAUAGGGAAGGUGUGGAGGCCAAAAUUGGCAGCCUGAAGAUACUCGACGUCGGUAAGGCAACAACUAGUGGUGAGGAUCCGGUGUCGUUCAUCCCAAUGCCGAAGCCACUAGAAUCGCUUAGGAUCGAACCAAUCGUCCUCGAAUACGAUCUCGGCUCACUCUCCGCCAUCUGGACGGCAUUCAACAAUCUCAACUCCUACAGCAACCAGCAACCUUCUUUCAGUUGUGUAACUGGAAACUGUACCUGGCAUCCUCAUGCCUCUUUGGCAGUUUGCAGCGUCUGCAAUGACAUUUCAAGCCACUUGGUGAAGUCUACAGGCCAUGCUGUUCUUUUCGACCAAGCCGUUACGGUUCCAAAUACUACAGAGACAUUUGUUACCAAGUUCCCUUACACCAAAUUCGAACUUCCGACGAUGAACAUGAACAUUUCCAACUUCGAUGACGGUUGGGGGCCACAGGUCGAGCUCACAAGCCAGUCUACUACGCAGCCUGGGAGUACACUAUCAUUCCAAAACUCAACGCUGUUACUUGUCUCAUUUGCCAUGAUGAGAUUAAACCCCAGCACUCGGAAAAGCAGAAAGCCAUCCGGUGACGCCACUGCCCUUGAAUGUGCCUUAUCCUUCUGCACCAACAUAUACCGCUCGAGUGUCAAAAAGGGUGUUCUACACGAAGAGAUUCUCGGCUCACAUUCCAUUCGAAACCUCGAAUCCUACUUAGCAGUUUCGGAAGCGGAUAAUUCUAACUCAUCCAGGGUCUUCAACGAAAUGUCGAAUCACACACUUGACUUUCACCAGCUCGGAGAAUUCCAGCGAACGCCAUUACAGCUCGACAUACCGGCGUACCAUAACGUCACAGCACUAUUGGGCGCAUACAAAGGGCCAUUUCUCAUAUCUCAGGCCGCCGCCGCGACACUGACGGCUGCAUUUGCGGAGAGGUUUGCCAGGCGUUACCCUCCCUUCGCAUCGAAGCAGCUUGUCUAUCCAACCUUUGAUUCAUUCGAGCCUGAACAGCCUUCUGUGAUCAACGAACUCGGCAAGUCAAAGAAUCUAACUGCCACGUUCGAGAUAGCCGCCCUCGCAAUGACCAAAUGGAUGCGUGACGUUUCGCUGAAAAAUCACCCCCAUCUCGGACUUACGCGUGAGGCAGUCAUUCAUAUACGUGUCAGAUGGGGGUUUAUGUUAUUGCCAUUUGGUGUGCUUUACGGCGGAUGUCUCUUUUGCAUGUUCUCGAUGUUUGAGACUUGGAGGCUACAAAUCCCGGUCUGGAAAGGUAGCUCCCUCGCGGGGUUGACGUAUGGGCUGGAUAUAGAGGCAAGAGAGCAGCUCAGAGGAGCGGAAGACAUUUCAGAGCAUGCUAAGCGUAUCAAGAUCAGAAUGAUUGAUUCCGUGUCGGGGCCGGAGCUAGCCUUAUGCGACAGUACGGAUUCAGUAGAUGAGGCUGAUGGAGACAAGCAUCGAGGAACGGGUCGUUUUCAUAGUCAAUAA